GAUCUCGCGGUGUUUUGUCGUUAAUGCGGGGUUUGUAACAUGCCACACUUGGCUAAAGAGAGGCUCGAAGGAGUUGAUGCGAUCUCAUUUCUCGAGGAGAGGCUGCAGUGCUGACACAUAGUGCUGCAGAGAUUUACUUAUCAUGGUGUUGAUACACGUGUUGUUCGAACAUGCGGCGGGAUACGCGCUGUUCGCCGUUAAAGAAGUGGAGGAGAUUGGCAUGCUGUUACCACAAGUGGAGCAGAGCGUGUUGAGUGUUGGGAAGUUUAACAGCAUGGUCAGCCUGGCUGCAUUCUUCCCUUUCAAGUCUGCACAGGGGGCUCUGGAGAACAUGAAUGCCAUUUCUGAAGGUGUGGUUCAUGCUGACCUAAAAUUGUUCCUGGAAACCAAUCUGCCACUCUCUGGCAAGAAGAAAGCAGUAUUGGGGGUUUCAGAUGCAAAGAUUGGAGCAGCAUUACAAGAAGAGUUCACCAUUUCCAUUCAGACUGGUGGUGUGGUGGCAGAGAUCAUCAGAGGUAUUCGUCUGCAUUUCCACUCCCUAGUAAAGGGUUUGACUGGUCUGGCUGCCUCCAAGGCACAGUUGGGUCUCGGCCACAGCUACUCCAGAGCUAAGGUCAAGUUCAAUGUCAACAGAGCUGACAACAUGAUCAUUCAGUCUAUAGCUCUGUUGGAUCAGCUGGACAAGGAUAUCAACACUUUCUCCAUGCGUGUUCGAGAAUGGUAUGGCUACCACUUUCCCGAGCUCAUUAAAAUUGUGUCAGACAACUCCAUGUAUUGCCGCCUGGCUAAACUGAUUGGAAAUAGAAAAGAAUUGUCAGAGGAGAGUCUUGAGAGCUUAGAGGAAGUUGUCAUGGACAGCGCCAAGGCUCAGACCAUCCUAGACGCAUCACGAUCCUCCAUGGGUAUGGACAUAUCUCCCAUCGACCUUAUUAACAUAGAAAGUUUCUCCAACCGUGUGGUGUCUCUGGCAUCCUAUCGACUGGAACUACAGGAAUACCUGCGCUCUAAGAUGAGCCAAGUGGCCCCCAACCUUGCAGCCCUGAUUGGAGAAGUAGUGGGAGCUCGUCUGAUCUCACAUGCUGGAAGUCUGACCAACCUGGCCAAAUACCCUGCCUCUACCGUCCAGAUUCUGGGAGCAGAGAAGGCCCUGUUCAGAGCUCUAAAGACUCGUGGCAACACUCCCAAGUAUGGCCUCAUCUUUCACUCGACCUUUAUCGGACGUGCCGGUGCAAAAAACAAAGGUCGCAUCUCUAGAUACCUGGCAAACAAAUGCACCAUUGCCUCCCGAAUCGAUUGUUUCUCUGAGAUACCCACGAGUGUGUUCGGUGAUAAGCUGCGUGAACAAGUAGAGGAGCGUCUUUCUUUCUAUGAAUCAGGAGAUAUGCCUAGAAAAAAUGUUGAUGUCAUGAAAGAAGCUAUGAAAGAGGCUACGGAUGUUGCGGCUGAAAUUAAGCGGAAAUUGGAGAAGAAAGAAAAGAAACGCAGGAAGCGUGAGAAGAAGUUGCAGGAACUUCAAGAAAAUGGUGGAACCAACGGUGAAGCUGAGGUGGUGGAUGAAGAAGCAGAUUCUGCCAAAAUAAAGAAAAAGAAGCGAGCGGCAGAGGAAAUGGAAGUCCAAGCAGAAGAGAGUCCUGCCUCAGAGAAUGGAACAGAUACUCCAGCCAAAAAGAAGAAAAAAUCUAAAAAGGAGGCAGAGGUGGAGGAGGCAGCAGUGGUAGAGGAAACGGAGCCACAGAGCAAAAAGAAAAAACAAAAGACUAAAACAGAAGAGAUCCAGGAGACACCUGUGUCUAAGAAGAAGAAGAGAAAGGCAGAGGAUUAAAGAAUAAGCAAUGUAAUUUUAUGUUUGUAUAAAUUUUUUUUUUUUUUUUAAUUCCAACUUUGUAAAAGCAUCAUGGUUUGUCUUUUUGGCAGUGUAUGUGCUUUUGGGCUUCAGAUGCACAAUUGUAAGUGUGCCUUCAAAUAUUUACUUUUGUAAAUAAAUUCCUUUACUCUACA